AUGAAGAUCGCUGCGCUUCUCCCUCUAUGGGCGUUUUCCGCGUGCCUAGUUGGAGCACAAAACCUUCUCCAGUCCAACUCGCUUUUGACAUGUAUGGACAAUUCGCUCGCGUGGGCCACCAACUUCCAUGUCGUGUACUUUCCCGACAACAGAACCGUUGUUUUUGAUAUCAAGGCCAUGACCAACAUCAACCAGGUCAAGGUCGGUGUAGCUGUGGAGUUGAUUGCAUACGGUAUCAGUGCCGUGCAGCAGAACGUGUCCUUGUGUGACCUUUCUGACUAUAAACAGCUCUGUCCCUUGACCUCCGGUCACUUGGACAUCCAGUUCCAAUACGAGAUCUCGGAAUCCAUCAACAAGAGAAUCCCCAACAUCGCGUACACCAUCCCCGAUUUGGACGCCAGAGUGAAGAUGCUCAUGUUCAACUUGGACAACAAAGAGCCUUUGGCAUGUAUCGAGGCUAUUGUUUCCAAUGGUAAGACGGUGCAGACCAAGUACGCUGCAUGGCCUAUUGCCGCCGUGUCUGGAUUGGGUUUGAUCACCUCCGGUGUGGUUUCCAUCAUUGGUCACUCCAGUACCGCUGCUCAUAUUGCCGCCAACUCCAUGGCUUUGUUUAUUUACUUCCAGUCUUUGGCUAUUACCUCUAUGUUGGCUGUGGCCAGAGUUCCACCCAUCGCAGCCGCAUGGGCUCAGAACUUCAUGUGGUCUCUUGGUAUUAUCAAGGUCGGCUUCGUCCAAAGCAUUGCUAACUGGUACCUUCAGUCCACUGGUGGCUCUCCAACACAUGUCUUGUCGAACCCUUACAUGUCUGUCUCCGUGCAGAAGUUGAAGAGAGGUAUCCAAUUUGUGGCAGGUGCAGUGAAUUUGAAUAAGAGACUCUCAAUUGCUACUGAGAGUGACAGUUUCUUCAAGAGCGACAAAUUGAAUUCUACCUUGUACACCACCGAUGAAAAGGUCGCUGAGCAAGGUACCAAGGUCUUGAUUUUGCGUGGUAUCCAAAGAGUCGCUUACUUGGCUGGUAUCGAGAUUACCAGUUUGUUUAUGACUUCUAUUGCCUUCUUCGUCUUCAUCGCUUUCGUCCUUUUGGUCCUCUUGUCUUUCUUCAAGGCUAUUGUUGAAAUCUGUAUCCGUUCAAAGAUUAUGAACGAGGGUAAAUUCAAUGAGUUCAGACUGCACUGGGCAAGCAUUAUCAAGGGUUCCUUGUACAGAUUGAUGCUCGUUGCAUUCCCACAGCUUGUCGUUAUGUGCAUCUGGGAAUUCACCGCCCGUGAUUCAUCCGGUAUCGUGGUUGUCGCUGUAUUCUUCUUCCUUGUUGCUCUUGUACUUAUGGCUUUCUCGGCCAUUAAAGUCUUCUUGAAUGGUAGACGCUCGGUGCGCGACCACAAGAACCCAGCUUACCUUUUGUACGGAAAUGAGUCGUUCUUGAACAAAUUCGGAUUCAUCUAUGUCCAAUACCGUGCUGACUGCUACUGGUUUGUCCUCUUGUCUUUGUUCUAUAUUUUCUCUAAGUCCUUGUUUGUUGCCGCCAUGCAAGGCUAUGGUAAGGUUCAGUCCCUUAUUGUAUUGGGUAUUGAGUUGGUAUACUGUGUUAUUGUUUGCUGGAUUAGACCAUUUAUGGACAAGAGAACCAACGCUUUCAACAUCACCAUUUCCGUCAUCAACACUCUCAAUGCCAUCUUCUUUGCCUUCUUUUCUUUUGUUUUCAGAGAGCCCCCAGUGGUGGCCUCCGUUAUGGCUGUGGUUUACUUUGUUUUGAAUGCCGCAUUUGCUUUGUUCUUAUUGAUCUUCACCAUUGUCACCUGUGUAUUGGCAUUGAUCUACAAGAACCCAGACGCUCGUUACCAACCAAUGAAGGACGACAGAGUUUCGUUCUUGCCUCGUAUGGGUUACAAGAACCAAAAAGAGUCUCCUUCCGACGGUGAGAUUGAAUUGAUGGCUUUGGGCGCUAGUGCUAUGAAAGGACAUGAGCACGCAAAGGAAGUGUAUGAUGAGGACUCUUAUGACGAUGAUUCUGGAAACAGAGCCGCAUAUAGACCAGCUUAUGGCGACGCCGAGAGCCUUUCAAAGCAAUCUCUCGAAGAUCCUUCCUCCGCACAACAGCCUGCUCUGACUAUCGUUGGCAAUUCCACAAAUGCCUACAAGAACUUCCAAACUUCUUAUGGAAGAAACAAUGGCAAUCAAGCCUCAUACAAUGGUUACUACGACCGCAAUAAUGGCCAACGAAACAACGCUAGCCGUGAUUACUUAUAG